AUGAUCGAACUAUCCUCUGUUCUCCGCUGCACUUCUCUCUUUUGUCGCAUAUCGGAUUUACGCAUAUCAGCUAUUGCCAAUUCCCAGUCCUUCUUCUUCACUUCGCUUCUAAAAGUUUGUACCGUAGGGACGAAUAAAGGAAGACUUUUUUUCGGAGAGAUAAAUCCUGUUCCCGAAGACCACGCUACUUGGCUUAAGCCUCAUAGGGCUACUGCUGGACAUGGGGGCCGGUUCCCAGAUGGAAGAUUAAUCACUUGUUAUCAUAUGGGUAUGGUACGAGACAUGCUUCUGUCUUCGUGUUCUCCGGAUUGGGGUCAUGCGGAGCGCUUUGCCACCGAUUUCGGUUUGAAGCUCAAUGAGGCGACCAUAGGGAGGACAGAAAUUUGA